GAAGAGAACAGCAGCAGCAUCAGCAGUCUUGAGGACAGUGAUAACGAGGAAAGCAAUAUCGAGGUAAUUUUCACCUUGUAAAAUGAUAAGAUUGGAAGAGGAAAUACGGCGGGAGAGUUAGCUGCGAAAAAAGCCAGAAGAACAACGGUUUGACUCGAUAAAAAGUGUCCAAUUGAAAACCAGGCAACUGAUAAUUCCACACCACCAUUAUCGUCAUCGAUACAAAAGAUGGAGUUAAAUAACUCUAUGGAGAAAGAAGACAAGUUGGAUGCUUCUUUGGUUAUCAAAAGCGAUGAUAAUUUGAGCAAGCAGCACCGACUUUCAGAGUCGUCCGACGAGACUGUUCAGAAGGAAGAUCCAGCAGUCGUCUUGCCUCCCAAGCCCACCAAAUCCAAAUUCAUCCAACGGGAACGGAAGCCGCCACUCAGAAUUCAAACCAUGUUUGAUCGUCAUCAACUAGCAGCAGAGCAAAUAACCCAACAGAAUAAUAAGGAAGUUCACGAAGAAAAUGCUUUGUUGCUCCACGCUCGACGAAACCUGAAAUCGGCUCCUUCACCGCCACCCCUUGCUACUGUUCCAUCCACAUCCAAGAGCACCUCGGCAUUACACAAGCUCAACAGUGACAACAAUAGCAGCAGCCAAGACAAAGCACAAGAGAGCGUUGACACGGCUAAACGGACAUCAUUACAAUUACAGUCCUCGAAAUCAGCACAAACAACAAAUAGAGGUGUAACCCCACCGUCAUCUAACAGAGCCUUUUUACGACAGCGACAGUAUGAUAGCAAUGAUGAAAAGCCUAAAAAGCCAAGACCUCUGAGCGAUGCAUUUAUAGGUGUAAAAGGCUUAUCGAAAAAGUUUGACUCGACGACCAGCGAAUCCUUGGCAUCCACAAAACGCUCGGCAAAAUUCUUCAUGCGGGACGAGCCACCACUGUUAUCAACUGCGUCCCAGAGUGUUUCGCGUGGGCGUAAAACAUCGACAACCACGCCUACUACAGCAAAAGCAGCAGCAGGCGUCAGUGCGCUUUCACAGAUUUUUUCAUCAUCAUCAUCAUCAUCAUCUACUGGAUCUCAAAAAGAGAAAUCGUUCAAGUCAAAGCAAUCCAUGCGGCAGUAUAAAGCAUUGCCACCCGUCAAGCAACCGCAGCAACAAAGCUCCAAUCACAACAAGAAGAGAAUCGAUCCUGUGACACCCACAACAGUCAGUAUGUCAUUACCUACGAGAAGUAACAGCAAAAAGGCCGAGUCUCACAGAAUAUUCCACAAGACCAUGCCAGCCAUCCCCGUCACAAGCAGCAAUAGCAGCGACAGAUCAUCCCCGUUAUUAUCACGAUAUCCAAAUCCCCUGCCAGUAUACAUGCCGCAGCUCGCUCAACAUCCCAUCAACGACCAACAGCAAUCUCCAGAGCAAAUUAAAGUAGCAGAAACAGCAAUAGCACCAUCAUCAUUGUCAUCAACAUCAUCAUCAUCAGCAGCAGCAGCAGUAGAAGCAGUAAAACCGCCAUCAUCAUCGAAUUCAGUUACUUCUGCAGUCCCGCCGGUGGAAACAUCCACAGCAGGUGCAAAAAAGCGCGUAUCGUUCUCAUCUGUGAUAACUAGCAUACCACCCCCAUCACCAUUUUCAGACGAUGAAAGUGAAGAUGAAACCAACAAACGGAGGCCAUUGAUGACCAUGUCUUCAGCUCAUCUUUUGUCACAGUGGCAACAAAAACAUGAAAAGGGUUUGCGGGGAACCACUACUAUUAAUCCUUCUUCUUUACCCUCGCGUGGUAAUCCCAGUAACAAUGAUACACGCGGGUUUUGGGAAGCAUUUAGCACAGAAAUGAAUAAUCGUGCUGCUCCAGGUUUACGGCAAGCUGCAGUUGCAAAAGAGAAACAACAGCCAACAGUUUCAUCUUCAUCCCCACUACCAACCACAAAGACGACGACGAACCGCUUUAUUCCAUCCACAUACGUCAAGAAUAGUGGUGGUGGUAAACCACUCCCUCCUAUAGUAUCCAACGAAAAGCAACAAGAACAACAGCCCUUAUCACCACGUAAAACUUGGAUCAAUCUGUUACAGGAUCGUUUAGGCAAGAAAAGCUCAUCUGAGUCCAUUCUGGAGAACUCCCCACCCAAGGCUCUCGCACGACCCAGACCCGUAUGGGGAAUGAGUGCUGUUCCUUCUGCUGCUGCUGGUGAGAGUUCAUCAAUGAAUCAACAUCAACAACAACAACAGAACAAAAAACCUGCCGUUGCAUCACGCAAGCCUGUUGUUGCUCCGUUAUCCUUUGACGACUAUCCAACAAGUUCCACGCCACCGUUGCAUCAUGUAAAUGUCAUUGAUACCGAACCUCUUUAGCAAACGUGUGUUAACCUUGCGUCAUUCCACAAAUGUAGCCAACCAAAACUCGACCCAAGAAGCCAUCCAGCUUUCGAAAAUCCCAAGGCCAUCACCAGCUGAGAAACAAUCUCGUUGGUCCUGAAGUAUCUGUUCCUCCUGUUGCCGUUCA